AUGGGAGAUCCAGAGCGCUUACAAUGGUAUUAUGUGGAUCGAACGGGCCAGGAGUUCGGCCCAUUUCGAACAUCGAAGAUGCGUUCCUGGUUUUCACAAGGAUUCUUUCCCAUCGGAGACGAGCUCUUGGUCCGCCUCCAUGACUGGCCCCCGGAGUCGCAUGUGGCAGUCAAGAUGCUCUAUCCUAACCCCGACAGCAUCUUCGUCGGAGCGCCGCAGUCACCGCAGAGUUCCAGCCGCGCUCCACAGCGGCGGCGGAGCCGCAGCCGAAGCCGACGGCGGCAGCCACGGGAGGAGCCACGGCAACCUCCUCGACCGGAGGAGUACCCCGGGCCCCCUCCUGAAUACGAUCGCCAGCCGGGCUAUGGUCAGCCACCGGGACCGCCUGCUUACGGCGGCUACCCGCCACCAGGUUAUGGCUCCUAUGGCCCUCCGCCUGGCUAUGGAGCUCCAGGAUACGGGCCACCUCCCGGUUACGGGCCUCCACCUGGCUACGGGCCUCCGCCGUAUGGCUAUGGCGCACCAGGCUAUGGCCCGCCAGGUCACUACCCUCCACCAGGCUACGGCCCACCCCCGGGUCCAGGCUACGGCCCGCCAGGGGGUCCCAGCGGCUUUUCUGGCCGUCAGAAUGGAACUCUGAAGUCUUUCAAUCCGAAGCACGGCUUUGGCUUCAUCGAUUGCCCGCAGGUGCGGCAUCGCUUUAGCAGGGACGUCUUCGUCCACAAGGCACAGAUCGGCGACUUGGAGGUCGGUGAGGAGCUCACCUUCUUGCUGGACACCAACAAGGAUGGCAUGCCCCAAGCACGGGACAUACGCCGAUCUGAUGGCUCCAAGCCGGGCCCUGGAAAGAAAGGCGAGGAGGCGCCCGCCGCCAACGGUGGUGAACAGGCUACGAAGAAGCGGCGAAGAGGAGGGAAGGGAAAGAAGAAAGGAGAAGACGGCGGAGGCGGUGAUGGCAAGGGACCAGGGGAGGCUGCAAAGUCGGCAGAUGCCACUCCUGCUCUCAAAGAUGCCGAUGGCAACAGCGCCAAGGCUGAAGCCACGGAGGCGCCGCAGACGUCGAAUGGUGAGCCCAAAGCCGACUCCCAGGCUCCUGACGAGGCGCAGCCCGCCGAGAAAGCCACAGCGGAGGAACCGGAGCAGGACGGCGAGGUGCAGGAGGCUGCUGCUGCCGAGCCUGCCAAUGCUCCCAUCGAAGCACCUCCGGCUGCAGCAGAAGCUCCGGCAGCAGAAGCUCCGGCUGCGGAAGCUCCGGCAGCGGAAGCUCUGGUGGUGGAAGCUGCUGCAGCGGAAGCUGCGGUUUCAGCGGCGGACCAACCAGCAGAUUCUGGGGGGAAAGCCACGGAUGCUCCGGCAGAGGCUUUAGCCACGGAGGCUCCGAGUGCAGCAGCUGCGCAGGCUUCGCCUGAGGCAGCCGCGCCCACGCCCACGCCAGCAGAGACUCCCCCGCCGACCGCACAGCAAGCGCCCGAGGCCACCGCCCAUGUUGCAGCUGGGUCCCUGGAAGCAGCCGACGAGAAUACACCGUUGGCCAGUGCCAACGAGCGAAUCAGCGAACGUAAGCGAACGUGCCCGGCCGCACCGAGGCCAGUGGAAGCCUCUCAAGAUCUGACUUCCCAAGCGGAGCCCCACCAGGCGGUCUCUGGUGGCUGUGUGAGCUUUGCAGGGUCGGGCAACCGCCACAGCCAGCAUGUUGGGUUGCAGGCCCAGGCUGCAGCCACGGAGCCUGGGCCUCUGAUGAUCUGA